CAGGAAGAUAAGGAGCUAGCAGCUAAUGUGCAAGUCUUUCUCAAGCUGCUCUGAUGGCAUCGCCCCUCCUUUGUCGAAGGAGAACUUUCCAAUUAGUUCCAAGAAAGAAGGGAAUAAAAAAAGGCCCCAGAAAAUACAAGGACAAUACCGUUUGUUCCGAGGGCAGAGGGAAUUUGUCAUUCAACAACUACGUGGUGGAGGUGCAAGUAAUUGUAAUUAUGUUUGAGGAAGAAGACAAUCCCUCUUUGCCAAUUGUUACAGCGUUAAUCAAUUGUAAUUAUGUUUUGAGGAAGAAGACGCCAUAUGUCAACGUUUUUGUGGUCCUUAAUAUCUGAAUUGAAGUGUUGUCGUUGUGGUUGGACAACAUGUGUUUUUUAGCCUUUUUUUUCUUUUUAAAAUAAAAAAUUUCUAGGAAAAGUGCUGUUAUUUGCUGUUCCAGAAUUCGAUCGGUAAAAAAAGAGAGAGACCUCAGAAAAUUCAGGAUCAGGAUUUUCCCUAAUGAAAUGGGAAAUGGAGCUAGAGGAAAUCGAAGCGAUUCUGGAAAAAAUCUGGGACCUCCACGACAAGCUCAGUGACGCCAUCCACUCGAUUUCGCGGACUCAUUUCCUCAAUUCCGUCAAAGCCCUGAGGAAGCCCGAGAAGAUAAAGCAUCCCUCCUACAACUGCAAAAAUAGCCACAAUGACGCCACUGAGGACAACGUCCGGGCCUCCGGGUUCGUUUUCGUCAAAGACUUCCGGGUGGACGAGGGCGACGACUCGGCAGUUCAGGAGGCCAAGAGCCUCAACGCCAUUCGGACCGCGCUCGAGAACCUCGAGGACCAGCUCGAGUUUUUCCAUACUGUUCAAAUGCAGCAGCGAGCUGAAAGAGAUGCUGCAAUUGCCCGAUUAGAACAAAGCCGGAUAGUUCUUGCAAUGAGAUUGGCUGAACAUCAUGGUAAGAAGUUCAAAGUCAUCGAAGAAGCUCUGGCAUUUGUGGGAGAUGUACAUGAUGCAGGUCACUUUGUUUCACCUGAGAAACUUUAUGGUCAACCAUAUAGUCCAUUCGGUGAAAAACUUGCAACUGACGGAGACAAUAGGCCUAAUAUACUGAUCAAAGUUCUCAUCUCAAGUUUCGAUUUUGCAAAGAAAUCGCUUAAGUUGGAUGGCAUGGGUGGGAUAUUGGGCAAUGCUGCUUUGUUCGCAGUAAGCAUGAUUGCAUUGAUGCAUCUGCAUCAGGUGGCUUAUAAGGAGCAUCCAAAGAAGUGUGAAGAUGAUAUCACCAGCAAAAGAAAUGUGAGACAAACUUUUUGGGCGGAGGAAUCAUCAUCCAAUAGUCAUUUAAGCCAGUUGGAUGUGUUGUCAGGCAGGGGAUGAGUGGAAAAUUUGGAUUCUGCGGCAGUCUGUCGAAGGAUGCACUGCCUAGCUCCUAUGAUUCUAAAAAGCUCUGGCUCAGCCUCUACCACGAAAGUUUGAAAGGGUUUGGCAAACUAGUUAGGACGAUCAUUCAUAUCAAUUUGUUGAUCUUUGUCGGAGCUACUUCUGAGGCUUUAGAUUAGUAUGGUAGUUUGCACGUUUCUGGUCUUUUCCCGACUUUAGACUGAGCUAAUAUCUCUUUGUGAAUAUUUUGUUCUUGCAAUUUUUAUGUAGACUGCUGUAUCUUCUUGGGAUGUUCGACAUUACCGCGAAGUCUUUGACGCAUUGAUGUCCUUAGAAGCGUCCAUGGAAUGGAUGUCUUCGGAAUCCAAAAUCA